AUGGCUCCCCUUCCAUCUAGAUCAGAUUCGCCCCAAUAUCGAGAUAUACAUAUGGACACGGCAAAGGGAAUCACAUUGGGACUUCGGGACAUCCACAUGAGUACCGCAAAGCCUAACGGCGGCGCUUGGUCUGAUGAUAUUUCAAUGGACACUGCACGAAAUGCGACAACCGUGAAAGCAGGUGGAUUUCAGCUCUGGGAGAGGGAAUUGCUCCAGAGCGCCGAGGUCAAGCGCAAGGCCACCGUGGCCCAACUAUUUUUUCUCGACUACUACUUUAUGAACCUUGGAUAUAUCGCAUCCAGGAAAGAAAGGAGGGCACGCUUUGAUGCAGAUACUACCAAAAGGCAGCUAACAGCCGCCGAGUACGCAAAGGAGUUCAAGUCGUAUUGUGGGCGAGAGAGAGUAAUUCUGAGAAAACGCAGAGCAAAGCUGAGGGUUGACCAAUUUCAUAUCAUCGCACAAGUCGGGCAGGGUGGUUAUGGUGAGGUGUUCUUGGCACGGAAACAGGACACAGGAGAGAUAUGCGCUCUCAAGAAGAUGAAGAAACGUAUAUUGUUCAAGAUGGAUGAGGUGCGGCACGUCUUAGUGGAGCGCGACAUCCUUACCGCAACCAAAACACCCUGGCUCGUCAGACUUCUUUAUGCAUUCCAGGACGCACAACACGUGUAUUUAGCAAUGGAGUAUGUUCCCGGAGGCGAUUUUCGUACUCUUCUCAACAAUUCUGGCGUUCUCAAGGAAGAGCAUGCAAGGUUUUAUAUUUCAGAAAUGUUCGUCGCUGUCAACGAGCUUCACAAGCUUGGUUACAUUCAUCGUGACUUGAAGCCGGAGAACUUCCUUGUGGACGGCACCGGACACGUCAAGCUGACUGACUUCGGCCUUGCCACAGGUGCCCUCAAUCCCAAGCGCAUUGAAUCGAUGAAGUUGAAGCUCGAUAAAGCGAAAGACGUCCAAGUCGUCUACCGCUCUACCCUAGAACGCCGCUCCAUGUACAAAUCCAUUCGCGCUGAAGACCCACGGUAUGCAGACUCCAUAGUUGGCUCACCCGAUUACAUGGCGCCGGAGGUCCUCAGAGGCAAACCAUACACUUAUUCAGUCGACUAUUGGUCGCUAGGUUGCAUAUUCUUCGAAUUUCUCGCUGGUUUUCCGCCCUUCAGUGGCGGUACGCCAGAGGAGACCUGGACAAACCUGAAGAAUUGGACGAAGGUACUGAGAAGGCCAGAGUAUGAUAAGCCUGAAGACUUGAUCUUCAACUUGACGGAUAUUGCAUGGGAUGCCGUGACCAGACUCAUCUCGCACUCGAGCGUUCGAUACUCUACUCUUACACAGGUCACAAGCCACCCUUUCUUUGACGGGAUGCAGUGGGAAGACCUCCGUUCAACACGCGCACCGUUUGUGCCUGCUCUUGACUCAGAGAUUGACACUGGGUACUAUGAUGAUUUCACUUCUGCGGAAGACAUGGCGAAGUACGCCGAAGUGAAAGACAAGCAGCGAAACGUAGAGAAGGUAAAGGAAAAGGAAGAGCCAGAAGCCCGAGGUGUCUGGGUCGGCUUCACCUUUGGUAAAAAUGGUCCGGGAGGAAAGCUGUUUGGUUCGUUGGAUUCGAGUCAAGAUGAUGGUGAAGCAUUGGCUACUAUAUUUUGA